AUGGACAUGGAGGAGCCCGAGAGGAAGUCAGCAGGUGGCAGUGGCAGUGGCAACAUCAGGUACGACUCGAAGGCGCCGCGAAAGGUGCGCUUCAAGCUGAACUCGUCCUACAGCGGGCGCGUGCUCAAGCACGUCUACGAGGACGGCCAGGAGCUGGAGAGGCCAGAGGGGGAGAAGUACCCGCACAGCUUCAUGCACACCAAGAUCCCGCGCCACCUGGACCUGGGUCAGCUCUACUCCUUCAGCCCAGACCUGCCCAGCAGCGAGCAGCCGUCCACACUCUACGCCCAGCGGAUCAACGUCUACAGGAACGUCACCGGCCUCAGGCCCCCGGACUGUGACCUGCCGGAGGGAGGAGACCCUAAUGACCCAGUGCUGGACUUUGGGAAGAUCAUUAUCUACACCAGUAACCUGAGGAUCAUUCCUGCACCCCACCAGCAGCAGGACCCUGGUGGUGGUGGUGGUGGUGGGUGUCUGCAGUGUGGUGGCUCGGGCUGCGCCCCCUGCUCCCUGUGCCACGGUAGCAAGCUGUCCAUGCUGGCCAUCCGCUUCAACGAGUCCAUCCGGGACCUGCGGUGCCAGGCCUGCUACCCGGGGGGCCUGGAGCCCUGCCAGUCCUGCGCCAAGUAG